GACGUAGUUCUAUUGAAUUUGACGUAAGUCAAUUAUAAUGCGUUAUGUCUAUGUCUAAUAAGAUAAAAUCUCAAUUUUAAUAAUGUUCUUUGUUUUUUUCAAUUUAUUGACCAACAUUAUCUUCGUAAAAUGUUCCCUUGAUAUCACUAAUGCAGAACUAACCUAUUUAUCUCAACGUUUGACUUUAAACGAGUGUCGCCUCUUACUAACUACAUUGUAUGCAAAACCUUACAACACAUCAGAUAAGUUGAUUUCGAUUCCCAAAUCUAUACCAAAUAAGGCGACUUGUCUUAAACUUCUACUAGAAUGGAAUCGUGGAGAUGCUGACUUAAGAGAUAAUGAAAAAUGUCAUGUUGAUGUGGCACAUAUAAUGCGCAAACUAAAAAGAGAUGAUCUAGCAGAUUGGUUAGAAAAAUCAGUAUUCAAAAACCUAGCUAAAGAUGUUAAUGAUACUUUGAAUAACGCUUUUAGAGCCGAUUCUGGAGGACAGCUAAAGAAGAAAUUGUAUUUGGGAGAUAAAGGCAUUGAAGACGAACAUAAUUGGAGUGUAUUUGAAUACUUUCUGGCAUUAUUUCUCGUAAGUGUUGUAAUUAUAGUAAUGAUAAAUUUAUAUCGUUUAUUGACUCUUGUUUGUAGAAGAGACGAAAAGAAGAAGCCUGAUGAAGAAACAAUAGAUCUUCUCAGUCGUGGAUCGGAAAGCGAUCAAGAAGUUGUAUUUGAUUAUAAUUUAAUUUAUAAAAGAGAUAAAAAGAUGACUGAAACUCUACAAAGUGAUUAAUUUAAAAUAUCGUGUUCCACAUUUAGUCUUAGUUUACUGAAUAAAUGGAUUGUUAAGUGAAUAAAUCCUACCUAACAGAUUUCAUUAAAAAAAUCGAAUGUUUGAACCGAAACUAAGUGAUGAUAUUUUAGACCUAACAGAAAUAAAUGUUGUUACUGUAGCAAUAUUUUACUGAAUGUACUAUUUGAGUUAUGUGAGUGUAGUUUUAAUUGUUUUAUAUGUAUAAUUAAUAUAAAAUAGUGACAGUCAUAUCGAUGUAACAGUAAAGAGAAAUUCAAACA